CAUGAAAUUGCCCCAAUUACACAUACUGUUUUGCUUGCUGCUUGGCGCCAGUUGGACCAAUUUCGCUUACGCGGCUAUCCGAAAAUUCGAGCUAAACGUUGAUUCUGGUAGCCUGAAUCCUGAUUGUGCGAAUCAAUCGUAUCCUGCGUUGUUGGUCAAUGGUCAAUUUCCCGGCCCUACCCUCCGAGUCAAGAAAGACGACGAUGUAGAGAUUACCAUCCAUAACAGAAAUCCCAAGUAUUCGACCACCAUCCAUUACCAUGGUAUCCGGCAAUUGGGGACCUCGGAAUCCGAUGGUGUACCCAAUGUUACUCAAGUGGCCAUUCCUCCAAAUGAAAGCUUUGUCCAACGGUUCCGUGUGACCCAGCAAUCUGGGACCUACUUUUAUCAUGCGCAUGUAGACAUGCAAGACGACACUGUGCAGGGCUCCUUUAUUGUUUACGAUGAUGAUGCGUCCUGGCCAAUGAACCGAAAACAAGAGUCUAAGCAACUGCAGGAUAGUGGCUACACAUAUGAUGACGAACUGAUUCUCCACUUGUCCGAAUGGUGGCAUCAAUCCUUCGACGAACGAGCAGCCUACGUCAUGGGUCCUCAGUUUGUCAACGACCCUGGCCCAGUCAGUAUUCUGUUGAACGGGAAGACAAUUUGUAACACUUCACUGCCUGUACCGGAUGAUUGCCCUGGCUACACCACGUUGAACGUUGAACCGAACAAAGUGUAUCGAUUGCGCAUCAUUGGCGGUAUGAGCUUCCGUACGCUUGCUUUUGGUAUUGCCAAGCAUACCAUGACCAUCAUUGAAGUGGACGGCGAAAUGACCAAGCCCUACGAAACCGAUUACCUGGAAGUAACCUCCGGUCAGCGUUUCUCCGUUUUGUUACGAACCAACAAUGCCCAGCCGGGCGAACUUUUCACGAUUGCUACCGGUUACCGCUGGCGAGGCUCAGGUCAAAGCUAUACCGAGAAUGGCUACGGUUACUUGAAAUAUGUCAGCGCGACCCGAACAAAGUAUACGUCGACCAAGAAACCCCUCAUUGUUCCUCCUGCACCAAGUCAAGCCACUGAUCUUCUACCUACAUUCCCCUUAACAGUGACUCCCGAUUGGAUUUGGCCGCAGUUGGCGCCUUUGCAUGAAGCUCCUCACUCUGAUAUUCUAAAAGCAAACGAUGUACGCGUCAUAAAAAUUCGCCCAGUAGAAACGAUUCAGCAAGACAACACCACUCGAUAUUACAUCAAUGGACGAGCCCCGCCGGAGCAUGAAACGCCUGUCCUUCAAAUGGCCAUGUCAGAACCUCAUAUUUCCACAACGGAUCUCGAGUCCGAUGGUUACUACAAGAAGCACGGCACGUUUCCCGUCAAGUACAAUGAGAUUGUCGACAUUGUUCUGCAAAAUGCAGAAAGAGUCGGUAAUCGAUGCCUUUUCCAUCCUUGGCAUACCCAUGGCCACUCCCACUUCCUCAUUGCCAGUGGUCCCGGCGAAUACGACCAUAAAAGGGACGGCCACAUACGCAAUUUUCCUACUCCUCUGUAUAAAGAUGUUUCCCCUGUAUAUCCAAGCGGACUGAUCAAUGACACCCAUGGCACCACAGGAUGUGGUUGGACAAAAAUCCGUAUUAUAGGGGACAAUCCUGGUGCGUGGGCAGUACAUUGCCAUAUCACAUCUCAUAUGAUGCAAGGGAAAAUGGUCGUCCUCGAAGAGGCUCCUGAUCAACUUAUAUCUUCUCAUCAGCAUUAGGCUUGGCUUCUAUUCCUACUAUUAUAUACCGAACAUUGAUUCCUGUGAAGCGAUAAUGUAUUUGUACUUUGUCCCAUAGUCACUUCACCAAGCUAUUCCUAUUUAUUUUACCAUGAUAAAUAUAUUUCGCAUCUUGUCUGUUGAC